GGCCUCGUCAUCCACCUGAAAGACAGUACAGAAAAAGGUUCACACCGGGCUAGUAGAAUAUGUAGCAAGAGCUCACUGAAAAGUGUGUAAUGAGAUCCCAGUGUACUGUAGCCAGCCAGCAGGCAACCAGAAGAGGAUAACGUCACUGCGAACAUUCGUUAAAACUGUCUGAUGGAUAAUGCGACAUCGAUAGAUGAGUUGUGACAUGUCAAAACAAGUUCAGAAAUCGAAUGUUAAGCUAACUAGCUAGCUGUUGCUAGCAAACACCACAGAGCCAACACAUCGACUCAAGAUAAAUACUUAUGGACACGACGUGGUAACUUUACCCACACAUUGGAAAAACUUGCAAAACGAUCGAGAAGGUCAAGUAUGGACUUUUAACAUAAACGUAAAAGAUAACCCGAACUGUUAGCUACAAUAGCUAGCGAACGUUACCAUGUUAGCGAAGCUAGCUCGCUGCUAGAUUACACCAAUACAACAACAACCAAAAAGUGAUUCUACCUUUGGGCCUGUGUCGGUACUGUCAUAGAACUACGAGACUUUGUUCAGGAGUAUUAGUGAUUGUAUAUGCCGUAGUUAACUAUAGAUAGAUUGCUUUCGAUAUAUUUAUGUUUUGAUGAUCUCUUAAUGAAUGAUCUAGUCAGGUCAUUCCGUUAUGCGAUUAAUAAACUGUAAGCUUCUCUUUCAUAGCCCACAUUAUAUUACAUGGACCCAGAGACCCAGUAUAUCUAUAUAUUUCUGUAUUGACCCUCUGAUGGUCAGACUGGGAUGAAUAGGGUGACGAAGGGGAAAAUGGCAGUGCUCACAAAGAGAACCAAAACGGAAUGAAUGGCGGUGGAAAUACUGACAUUAUGUAACUGGCUUCUAAAAUAUGUAGACUUACUGAUCCUACUUUAAAUUGUUGUUUUCUUGGAAAGCUUACAUUACUAUUAUAUGAUGCAAUAUUGUUACGGGUUUCAUACUUAAAACACCCAAGGUCUGUCAUCACCUAAUUUCAGUUAGGCUAUGUUUGUAAAAUGUAUGGCACUGUUAUGAAACUGGCUCCCAAACAGUGCAGAUACGUUAGCUAGAUGCAUUGUGUCACAACCUGAUCACAACACUGGCAAAAAAUGAUAGACCAUGGCUGACCUUUUAUCCCAUCAUAAGAAGGUUAAUGACCAUUGUUCUAAUUCCAAAUUCUAUGUGCUGUUUCAAGCCCAGUAGAAUUACUGAGAAAGCAGCAGAUAUUCCUAGAACCAGCGUGACAAGUUAUAAGCCAGAUGACAAGCCUCAACCCGUGUCUGAACAGUCUUUCAAUCGAGGUCGUUUCUGUAGACUCUUUCGAUUGAGUAAUAACACAUUUGACAUUUAAGGGACAUUUUUAGUUUUUUGUGUGUUCACAGUGUCCAAGAAAAUGGCAUGUUUUGACAAAUGUUGUAUUCUGGUUGGUUCACAGACAGGGGUGACUGCUGCUCUAGCAGACACAAUGGAGUGCUGUCCAUGAAUGCUUUCUUUCCCCCUUUAUCUCACUCAGCCUCGCUCACUCUCCAUCUGUAAUCCCAGAACAAAUUGUCCAAAUGUCCAAUGACAAAACAUACAUUAUCUUGUUUGUUUCAGAGGGCAUAUGUUUUUGCCUCAGAGCUUUUUCUAAGACUUCCUUUCAAGGAGACCCUAACGUUUUAUGCACAUAUCGUGUUAUUGUCGUUGAAUUUUUUACCCCUGUUCCUCACAUCAACAGCAAGACCAUGUCAACAACGUAAUGGCAGACAGGGAAGAGGCGCUUUAGCAGCCUGACCACACGCCAAGCCAUGGACAGGCCACAGGUUCCUGCCCCAGGGCACCUUGAGAGUAAGGCCGGGCUGGGGGCUGACAGCACCGGCACGGCCCCAACUUCUCCACACACCCUGGUCGCAGCCGAUGAUGUCAUAUGGACCGCACGGGAGGUGGAGGCGGCCUCUGACUUUGGAGGGUUGAACGACCUGUGCGAGCUGGGGGUCGAGGGGGAAGAGAUAGCUGUGGUGGAGGGGCCAAGGUCCCCCAUCUCCAGGGUGUCAUGGGAUGGCACUGGCAGCCUAGAGAAUGGAGGAGAGAGCCUGGAGAAAGACAAGACCAGCCACAGCAAACUAGACAGUCCAGCAGCUGUUGAUUACACUGACCUGUCUCACACGUCAUCUCCUUCGCUGUCGGAGCAGCUGCGUCUGGGUCGGGACGAGGCCGCGGGCCCUGGGAUCAAUGUGGAGUGCAGGAUCUGUGGGGACAAGGCCUCUGGGUUCCACUACGGUGUUCAUGCCUGCGAGGGCUGCAAGGGCUUCUUCCGACGGACUGUCCGGAUGAAGCUGGAGUAUGAGCGCUGUGAGAGGGCCUGCAAGAUCCUGAAGAAGAACCGUAACAAGUGCCAAUACUGUCGCUUCCAGAAGUGCCUGGCCCUGGGCAUGUCUCAUGACGCGAUCCGAUAUGGACGGAUGCCCGAGGCUGAGAAGAAGAAGCUGGUUGCUGGUCUGCUGUCCGAGGACAUGGACCCUCGGCACACUGGAGGCUCGGACCUCAAGACCCUGGCUAAACAGGUGUACCAAGCCUACCUGAAGAACCUCAUCAUGACCAAGAAGAAGGCCCGGAGCAUCCUCACUGGCAAGACCAGUUGCACAUCGCCAUUCGUGAUCCACGAUGUGGACACCUUGUGGCAGGCGGAGAGCGGCCUGGUGUGGAACCAGCUGGCCCCCGGUGCCCCCCUCACCAAGGAGAUCGGCGUGCACGUGUUCUACCGCUGCCAGUGCACAACGGUGGAGACCGUCCGGGAGCUCACCGAGUUUGCCAAGUGCAUCCCCGGGUUUGUGGACCUCUUCCUUAACGACCAGGUGACUCUUCUGAAGUACGGCGUGCACGAGGCCAUCUUCGCCAUGCUGCCCUCCCUCAUGAACAAAGAUGGCCUCCUGGUGGCCAACGGGAAGGGCUUUGUGACCAGGGAGUUCCUGAGGAGUCUCCGGAAACCCUUCAGUGAGAUCAUGGAGCCCAAGUUUGAGUUCGCUGUUAAGUUCAAUGCUUUGGAGCUGGACGACAGCGACCUGGCUCUGUUUGUGGCCACUAUUAUUCUCUGUGGAGAUCGCCCAGGUCUGAUGAAUGUGAAGCAGGUGGAACAAAGUCAGGACGGUAUUCUCCAGGCUUUGGACCAGCAUCUCCAGGUGAACCACCAGGACUCCCUGUACCUCUUCCCGAAGCUCCUGAACAAGAUGGCCGACCUCAGGCAGCUGGUCACCGAGAACGCACUGCUGGUGCAGAAGAUCAAGAAGACCGAGUCCGAGACCUCCCUUCACCCACUGCUGCAGGAGAUCUAUAAAGACAUGUACUGACUGAACCGGGCUAAACCAGACUGAACCAGAUUUGACAAGAAUUAACAAGACUGGAACAGUAGCCUACAUGGGGAGUAAAGGACCAUCUUAGCAGCGUAUGAGACCUUGCCUGUACCCACUAGAAAUGCAGAUCUAUCAGUAUAUGACUGACCGGACUAAACCGAACUGGACCAGACCUUGAUUGACCCACUACUACAGGAACUAGAUUUAAUCAGACCUCACUGCUCCGUCAACUUCAGGAGAUAUGACAUAUACUGUAUUAGCCCUCUCCCUAAGCACAGCCACAGACUGUUCAAUUCAAUAGAACUUCAUUGUCCCCUUAGGGGUCAAUACUGUUGUGAAUAGCAAUAUGGUUACAAAAUGAUGUCACGUAUAUAUUUAUAUAGUGCUGUCUGGAACAUGGUCUUCUCUGUUCAUGGGUGAGGAAAUUCAGUGUUGCCCUUGAGGCACAACGUUUUAUCAGUUAGACAAUAUAAUCCACUAGCCUGCUCUGACUAGCAGUUGAGCUUAGAGACUUGGUUAAUAGUUGGAUGGAUUGACAUGUUCCUGUAGGAACAACGAUAAGGCACUAACACUAAUGAACAUUUAAGAACAUGUAUGAAUAUUAAAAUGCUACUAAAUACAUGAGAUAGUAGUGCAGGUCUUCCACAGUAAAACUUUGAAGGAGUUUUACUGCCCAAACCAGUCUUGUUCCCGAAUUCUGGCAAAACUUUUCUAACAAGUUCAACUUUGCUUUAGUCGUAGAAUGGAGUACAAGAUUUCAUGAGUGUGGUUGUAGGUUUGAUGUUGAGGAAAUCAUGUUUAUUCAGGUUACCAAGUAUUUAGAAGUUCUGAAGAGACUAGAUUGACGUUGCUUAAUAAGAAUGGGUGUUCUUCAAGGACAACAGUGUUGUUUAAUAUGACUAGUAAUUGGUAAAACAAGUUGUCUUCUUUUGACAUAAUAAUGACCCAUUACCCUUGUUUAUACUGCGUUCAAGUGAAUAUACAAUCAUUUUGUUUGUUUACGUUCGACUCAUACCUCCAUCUUAGAAUAGUUUCACAUUUCCUAGGCUCUAUGCGUCCUGCUAACAGUAGGGAUAUCUAAUAAUGGUUUGUUUUGUGCAAUAUUUUACAACUCGGCUCAAAUGUUGAGCAGAAUAUAGAGACUUCCACUUUUCUGACUCCCAAUGUACUGUAGCUCCUAUAAACCCCCAUUUGGAUAUAUUAGGGACUUUAAGCGUAGUUUAGUUAGUGAAACCUUUUGUGAAUUUAAUUGCUCACAAAACAACGGUGGUAUUUUUUUUUAGCUUGGUAGGUCUGUGGUUUAAGCGGAGUAGCUAAGUGGCAAGGAUUUGUAUCGCUUUAUGCUACUUUGGUGAACAUGAUCGUUUUGAGGUUAUAAAAUAUAUACAAAUUCUCAGUGAUUCUUGGUUAUGGACAGGUACAACUGUUAAGUGUGACUACCCAAAACUGUGUAGCCAUUGGUUUUUGAAAAAUACUGAGAUAGUGAAAUCAUAUGUAUAUGUUUUGUUAAGUUGUAGUUGUGUUGGUAAGUGAGCAGAGAGCCAGCAGAGGACCAGUUCUUAAACCUCGGUGUUACUUCUGUUACGGGUACAUGUUGUUUAAUGGUAUCUUCAUGUCUUGUCAAGACUCAGGGCCAACAGUGGAGCGAAGUUGUGAAUGACAGUAGUGUCUGGCAUUAUAAUACGUUUGACUUUUAAAACAUUAACAUCUGUACUACCAAAAUGACAAGCCUUUUAACAUUUAUUUUUUUAGUAUAAGGAACCGCCAUGCCAAGGAGGCAAGGUUGUUAGGUUUGUAUUGCAGCUAACCUUUCUGGGAUCCACAGAAAACAUUAAACAUGCCAAUGCUAUGUUUGUAUGGUACACUAUUCAUAAUACCGAACGUUAGCGGGCAUGUAGAGAACUAAAUCCAUUUAAAAGAUAACAUUGCCAUCCGUUGCUCUGCUACCGAGACGGUUGCUUUGUCUGAGCAGUCCUUGACUCUGAGCUCACUGUCCCGCGAGCGUUGGACGAUGCAGACCUGCUUUAACAGGGUCUUCACAAUGCACACGUCAAACGCUUGCAACGGCGUUGAUGACGUGGGGGGGGGGGGCGAUAUGACGACAGCGGGAGUGCAGCACUUUAAGUCCCCUAACCUUGUUGCCUUUUUGUCGAGCGAAGGUUUUUUACCAUUACCACCUGCAAUUGGUCAUCUUGGGUGGAAGGUAAUGUCUUUACUUAGGUUGGAUAACCACUCAGGACUAUGAUGAACAGCACUAAACUAACAUACUCCGUGAGGAUUGUUUAGUAGUGGUUGUGUCUGCAAUGUUGUUGUGUCUCGACCUGCACCCUAAUCAGCCUUACACUAUCUGAGUUUUGGGCCUUUUAAUAAAUGCUAAAUAAAAAGGUUUUAUAUAGCGUCCUGGGUCUCAACUACCUCAUGCCUGUGGUACAAUAUACCCAUGUACUAUGUACAAAAGCUAUCAAGGCACCGCACAACUGAAAGUUCGUUGGAAAUGUACAAUUAAAAUGUUUUUUACUUGCA